UUCAUAUAAACAUCCCUAACAUCUUGUUCCCUUGAUUCCCUUAGUUGUAUUUCUACAUAUUCUAAUGCCAACACACAUUAACAUAAUUUCUCCCAUCUCAUAGACAACUUAGUAUUAAACAAAUCAAAUAAAAAUUAUUUAUUGUCAGAAUCCAACAUUAGGAAAUUUCAUCAAAAGAUUGAUCAAACCCCACGAUUGUAGAAUCUCUAUAUAUAACCAUCUUCCAAAGAUUAUAAAUCUCACAUCUUCAGAAAAAUGGCCAAGUUCAUUUUCUUGUGCUUUUUAUUAGCAAACACUCUUCUAUGUCAUGUAAUGGCUACAACAACUACUACAAACAAACCUCAAAGUAAUGUCCAAUCAACUUCAUCACCAUCUUCAAAUGCUCCUUCUCAAAGUCCCUUUAGCCAAAGAACAAAAGAAGUUGAAUCCUCUAUUGGAAGAAAACUUGGUAAGCACCAACAUAAUCAUGGUGCUAUGUCACCAAGUCCUAGCCCUUUUGAAGGGAGUAUUCUUAGUCAUGAAAAAACUUCUGUUUUGGAUUUGAAAAGUCAUUUUCAUUUGGUGAAACAUCAUCAUUCAUUUGAUAGGUCUAUGGCUGGUGGAGGUGUUAUUCUUGGAGGACUUGCUACAACUUUUUUGGUGGUUGUUUAUUGUUAUAUUAGAGCCACUUCAAAGCACAAGUUAGAUACUACUAUUACUACUACCUAGUGCUCAAAAUUUUUGUUUUUCUUGUCUUAUUUUGUUUGAUGUGUAUAGUUUGGUUUGAAUAAUUUUUGGUUCACUUCUGGAUCAAUUGUUUGUUGCCAUUGAUAUAUCAUAAAAUACAAACUUUUGAUUAUUUUAGGAUAUAUCAAGGGCUAUAUUAAAAACUCAUCUGUUGUGAACCAAUGUUCAGUUGGAACAUAUUCACACAACUUUUUUGUGUGUUGUAUAGAAAUAUUGUAUAAAAAAUCUAUCUUUAUGUUUGACCUAAUUUUCAAUGAAGAGUAUCUUUAUGUUCGACUUGAUUUUAAAUGAAGAGUGAUUAUCAAUAAAAUGUAUUAAAAACCAUUUGAUCUUAA